AUGGGACGGCAGCCAGUACACUCCAUUGUUUACAUCAGGGCUUUUGGACCUCCUAAGAUGGCGGAAAUCAAAUUUGGCGCUUCAGAUUUUCAGGAGAUGGAGCAAUGGGUUGCUCGAUCCAGUCUUUUUUUGAGAUCAGUGAUAGAGCCCCCUAUAUUUAAAGCUCGACCCCCGCAAGGAGCAAACCAGACACUCCCAGACACUCAGAAUCCUUGCGUUCGAUCCCUGAAACCCUUCGUGCAAGACCCACCGACUCUCCGCUUUUUAGCGAAAUCCACCUGCCACCGCGUGAGAGACGGCCAAUGGGGCUCCGUCGUGAACGGUGAAUGGACGGGCGUGUUCAAGGAGCUGUCUGACGGAACAGCUGACAUCGCCGUCGCUCCCCUGUCCAUGUCGGUGGUCAGAAGCACGAAGGCUGACUUCCUGCUUGGCUUGAUGGUGUCUGGGUUCAAAAUAGUACUGAAACGACCUUCUAACGAGGACUACAUGUGGACUGUCUACACGAAGCAGUUCGAAGCUGGAGUCUGGGGGGUUCUGACUCUUCUCACGACUGCCCUGUGCUUUAGUCUAUACUUCGCGUCUCGCUGCUCAUCACGUGAACAGAAACUCUCUCCGUCUGAUGCUUUCAUAGUUGGCGUUGGGAUGAUAUUUGGCCAGGGAUCGACGUUGAAGAUUGAGAAAACGUCCGAACGUGGAAUAGUCCUGAUGCUCCUUCUGCUACAAGUCCUCCUCUUGGCCUUCUACACGAGUAACUUGGUCUCGGCUCUCACCGUAGGACCUCCUCUGCCUCCGAUGAAAGACCUGGAGGACGUGCACAGCGAUUCCUCAAUCACUAUUGGCUUCACGAGGGGUUCGACUAUUGCUAAUGAAUUCAACACCGACAACCCUUUAUACCAAGCCAUCCUGCACCGCCUGAAGGACAAAGACCUCGUCAUGUCUCCUGAAGAAGGCGUUGCACGAGCGCUGAAGGGGGGCUACGCCUACCUGGUCUGGGAAUUCUUCUACAAGAUGAACUUCGGCAGCGAGUGCGGGGCCUUCCUUCUCCCUCCUUCAUAUUUCCCGCACCAGGCGUCCAUUGCCUUGCAGAAGGAUUCGCCGCUCGUCCCCGUUCUGAAUAAAGUACUCUUGGACAUCCAAUCAGUUGGUCUCCUUCGGAAGUGGUGGAUGGAGAUUGACGUUGCCCGCGCUGAUUGCAACGCCCUCGUCACGGCGCCCAUCGAACUGAAGACGGUCCUCACACCCUUCCUCCUGCUGGGUUUAAGUCUCAUGGUUUCCCUGGGCAUCCUUGCUCUAGAAGUCGUCGUUUAUAGAAAUAAAAGACCUAGUGCAUUUUAG